AGUUCAAAAUGUCGUUUUGAGUUCAAGGACACGUCGUAUUGAAGCAGUGAUCGUGUAUGUAUCGCUUUGUCGUUUGAAGCGCUCAUCACGCGCAAACAUGGUGAUUGUAACCAACGUCACCACCAUCAUAAGCAUCGCCUUCUCUUUGUACCGUUAAUCGAAUGUUCUCCUACCUUGAGCCAUGUCCACCUCCGUUCAGAUUCGCGACGCCGGCAUCGCCGCGGACGCAGUCGACGGCUUCAACUCUCCGGCGAAGCAGAAAGCGGCCAGUCGAAGUGCCUACGGCAUCCGCCCCCUUCUCUCCCUCCGCCGAGCCAAACANUUCCUCAGUGCCGCCAAGUUCAAGCUCUUCUUAGCGCUGUUUGCUCUCUCCGCCGUCGUUUUGAUCACCGCCAGACUCAGUUCGUGGAUGGGUUGGCACCUUCACAACCCUUCUUCGGUUACUUCAAGGGCUAGCUAUACUGUGCUUAUAAACACUUGGAGGCAAAAAUCUCUUCUGAAACAAACUGUUGCUCAUUAUGCAUCCUGUCGAAGUGCCGAUGCAAUGCAUGUGGUGUGGACUGAAAGUGAGCAACCAUCUGAGAGGCUGAAAACAUAUCUUAAUAAGAUUGUGGUUUCGAAGUCUCAGAAAGCUCACAAACAAAACUUUAGAUUUGACAUCAGUGCAGAUUAUGAGUCAAACAGCAGGUUUAGGCCAAUUAAGGACCUCAAGACUGACGCAAUUUUCUCAGUUGAUGAUAAUGUGAUUGUUCCAUGCUCUACUCUAGAUUUUGCUUUCUCUGUCUGGCAAAGUGCACCUUCCACAAUGGUGGGAUUUGUUCCUCGAAUGCACUGGCUGGAUAAGGAGCAAAAUAAUGUUGCAUAUUACAGGUAUGGAGGAUGGUGGUCUGUUGUUGGUUGGAUGGGCAUUAUAGCAUGGUUUCUCUCAAAAGGCUUGCAUUCUUUCACAGGAAAUAACUUGGAUUUUAUUAGAAUCAAGAGAUGUCUCCAUCAAUCAGGGCUAGUUUCAGGGAGAGGGUAAUAUAUAUUGAUAAAAUUAAUU